UGGGAAUCCGGAUAAGUAAUCCCACUGCUCCAACGCCGUAAACUCAUCGUACUAAGCAUCAUAUUUCUGACCAGUGAAAAUUAUGAGUCUUCUGUUCCUGCGAAUAGUACUAGUUCAAUUGAGCCACACUACGCGAAGCGAGUAACAUGUACUAAACAGCCCGAGGCGAAGCGAAAAUCUCGCAAAUUGCGAGGUCAUCUGCCUAUAAAAUACUUGCACAUCCCCUAUGGCUUUGCAUUGCUCACUGCAACAAGCUCUAUGAUGUUCACUUCCCGCCUCACCAUUCUUGCACUGCUCGCCUUCCUCGUUGGCGCCAACGCUGCAUGCGCAACAUGCCAAGAAACGUUGAGUGUCAACGGUGUAGUGACCUACAAACUAGUCACCAGCUCUUGGAACAUGAUGAACGGGUUCGUAGAUUGCAACUACAUGGAUAAGAAGGGCGACGAGGUGACUUGCGAGUAUGAGGAAAGCGGCGUGUUUAAGGAUGGGGAUUCAAACAUGUGUCCUCAAAACUCAAGGAAGAAUAUCUUUGGGUGCUAAGCAAGAUGCGAUGUGGAAUGGGCCCGACGAGAGGAGUAACAUUGAUCUGCAGACACUUGGGUAUAUCAGUAGAUUUCAUCUGUGACAAGAAUCCUCUUCAUAUGUGUUUCGCCUUGAA